GCCUGCGACACCGUCAAGCUGCGACGAGCCCCACACCUGUCAACGUCGCGCAUGCAGUCCGCCGCCCUUUCUUGCCAGAAGACACUCGCAACACAUUGAGCGCCUUGCUGCGACUCUGCAGCGCCUGGCACCUUCGAGACUCCUCUGCAUCUUCCCGGCGCUGGUAGCCGUGCCCCGCGAAGAUGGUGUCCAUGAUCGAUGUCCAGCGAGAGCUGAUCCUCAACACCAUCCGCCAGAUGACCCGCGGCGACUGGAAGGUCCUCAUUGUCGACGAAGACUCGAAGAAGCUCAUAGACAACGUCGUCAAGGAAGAUGACAUCCUCAACUCCAACAUCACCAACAUCGAGCGUCUCGAGGAGCGCCGCGAAACACAGCGCGACAUGGACGCCAUUUACAUCCUCACGCCCAAGCCACACAUCGUCGACUGCGUCAUGGCCGAGCUCGACGUACGGCGAUAUCGUGGUCUCUUUCUGGUGUGGACGACAUUGCUCCCACCGUCGCUGAAAGAGCGCAUCGAUCGUUCGCAGAUGGCACGCGAGCAAAUCAGGGCGUUCAGGACGGUGCACCUCGACUACCACCCCCAGGAAUCGCAUCUUGUCACUUUCAGGGACCCCUGGAGUUUCCCAACGCUCUUUCACCCAGAGUGCAACAACCUGGUUGUGCGGCACAUGGAGGAGAUGGCCGAAAAGAUCAUUGGUGUUUGCGUCGCGCUGGGCGAGUAUCCCAUCAUUCGAUACUACCGACCACGGGCUCCCACACACGAGGCUAGCGUCCUCUGCUCACACCUCGCCCGCUUCGUACAGGACAAGCUGGACAUGUACGCUCAAUUCAACCAGGACUUCCCUCCGCAAUCGAACCGCCCACGUGGCGCUCUCUACAUCACAGAUCGAUCCAUGGACCUGUACGCUCCGUUCUUGCACGAGUUCACGUACCAAGCUAUGGCACUGGACCUGUUACCCAUCAACGACACAGACAAGAUUACCUACCGGGCUCUGGUGAAUGAGGAUGAUCCUGGCGCGGAAGAGAAAGAGAUGGAGAUCAGCGACAAGGACAAGAUCUGGGUUGAGAACCGUCAUCGCCACAUGAAGGAUACAUUGGGUAAGCUUAUUAGCGACUUCCAAAAGUUCAUUGCGGACAACCCGAACUUCACGAACCAGGACGCACAGAACGCAGCAGGCAUGAACGGGUUGAAUGCGAUCAAAGAUAUGAUCGCUGGCUUGCCGCAAUUCCAAGAGAUGAAAGAGUCGUACACGCUGCAUCUAGGCAUGGCGGAGAAGUGCAUGGACAUUUUCCAAAAACACAAGCUACCAGAUCUGGCGUCCGUUGAGCAGUGCCUAGCUACUGGACUGGAUGAAGACUACCGCAAGGCCAAGAACAUGGCCGAUCAGGUCGUGCGGACAUUAGACGACGAGGCAGUAACACCAGCCGAUCGACUGCGCCUGAUCGCCCUCUACGUCCUGUUCCGAGACGGCGUACUGCCAGCAGACCUGCAGAAGCUUAUUUUCCACGCCCAGCUACCUCCUCCAGACAUGGAAGUCGUUCGCAACCUCGACCUCCUUGGAGCGCGAGUAGCGAGGCAACUGAAGGAGAAGCGCGACGCUCCACCACCUCUCUUUCCCCGCAACGCCGUGCCACCGCCGAACGCAGAAGAGUAUGGCUUGUCAAGAUUCACGCCGGCGCUGCAGGAUAUGCUUGAGGCGCAUGUCCGAGGAUCGCUACCUCAGGAUAUCUUUCCGUUCACGAAGGCGGCGCCUGAAGACAUGAACACGCACGAAAGCGCGCAAGCCUCAUCUCUUCGCUCGGCAAAACCUACCUGGGCGAAAUCGCGACUGGCAAGCGUGGAGCCACGACAGCGUGUCAUAGUGUUCAUGGCCGGCGGCGCAACCUACUCCGAGUCGCGAGCCUGCUACGACGUCUCCGAGAAGACGUCGAGGGAUGUCUUCCUCGUCACAUCCCACAUGAUGAAGCCACAACUCUUCCUGCGCCAAGUCGGCGACCUCAGCCAACGCCGUGAUCGACUUCGACUACCCGUCGACGGGCCGCAACCGACAGCACCCAAGCAUCUGUUCGAGAAGCCGGAACCGCCGAAGCCAGCAGCUCCACCAGCGAGCUCAAAGCCUAUGCCACAGGGCCUGCCUUCAGGGCCACGAGCCAGUGGGCCACGACCAGGUGCGCCGCAGCCACCAACUGCAGCGAUGGGUCAGAUGAACCUGAACGCCCAAAGACCGCCAGCGCAAAGCCCUGCGCCACCUUCAAGUAGUGGGAAAUAUGGCAGAGAAGAGAAGGACAAGGAUAAGAAGAAAAAGAAGCACCACUUCUUCUCGUCGAAACACUAGGGGCGUUGACGACUCUGUAGUGGAUGCGUUUGGCUCGAUGUUGAUUUACUUGUUUUGCAUCAGCAUGGCAUGGCGUUGUAUAGGAUACCCAUGCGGUUUCCAGGUUUGAGCAUGGCGUAGCAUAGACAGCAGGUUCUGGCAAUAUCGAAC